AAACCCCCAAUAUAAGAAGUUUCGGAGUGGUACUCGGGAGUCGGGAGGAUACCGUGAAAACACACAGACCGAAAGACAAGAGAAAGAGUCAAGCAGUAAACGAAUGGCGACGGCGCUAGUCCGAUCUGGUCUUCUUCGAACCGCCCUACGCGGUGGUGCUCGUAACCCCGCUGCACCUAAGCGAAACUUCGCUUCCUCUGCUCAUCACGAUGAUGCAUAUGAGACGGCCAAGUGGGAGAAGAUUACAUAUCUAGGCAUUGCUACAUGCACUGUUUUGGCCAUUUAUAACCUGUCAAAGGGACACCCACACCAUGACGAACCCCCUGCAUACCCAUAUAUGCAUAUCCGCAAUAAAGAAUUCCCAUGGGGUCCCGAUGGUCUAUUUGAAAGGAAGCACCACUAGGAAUAUUGGUGGCUUUUGUGGCUGUGAUGGAGCCCUUUUGUCAUAGUUUAAGAAACACUGAUAGUCGCAAUUUCUUAUUGUUUGUUGAAAUGUGAUCUAGAAGAUGCACUUGGCAAGGUGGUUUUUCUCAUGCUUUUAUCCCGUGUUUGUUCCUAAGAUUGUAAGCAAAAUAAAUUCGGCAAACAAUUCGAUCCUUAUUUUUAUACCAACUCUUGUUAAGCUGAAAAGAAAAUUGUGUUAAAUUUUUA